UUCAAUUCAGUGUAGUGCAGUCAAGUCAGUCGCUGUGGUGUGUGGUGUUAGUUGUUGUUGUUAGGCUCAGUGUGGUAGUGUUUUGUGUGACAAUGUGGUGAUUGUGAACCAUCAAACAUGUGGAUUACACUGAAGCUGAUUACGGUCUUUUGCUGUGUUGGAGUGGACUGGAGCCAUGCCUUGGAGAAGGAUAUAGAGGUAGCCUGCUUGGAUGGGAAAGCAACCACAAUUGAAGACGGAGGAGUGGAGGCCAACUGUGGCUACCAGGGACUUACAAGGGUCACCACCUUCGCACCUUGGCUCUUCCAGCUGGCCAACGUUCUACAGAAAGUGAAUGCGUCCCACAAUCACCUCAAGAAAGUGACAGUGUUGCCAGUUUUGCCGAGAGUGUUGACUCUAACCCUUGACCACAACAGCAUCAAAGACAUCGAACCUCUCGCAUUUACCGGGUUGGAGAAUCUGCAGAACUUGGACUUGAGCUACAACCGAAUUUCAGGAGAAAGCCUAAAGGGUGUGUUGGUCGGCAAGAAGACUCCGGGAGGUGAUAGAUUCGAACCUCUGCCCAUCAGGGUACUCAACCUCGGCCACAACAACAUCAGCAGUCUAGAGCCUGAUGUUGUGGCUCACCUGCAAUAUCUACGGGAUUUAUACCUCGACAACAACCCCAUCACUGACAUCGGGGUGGAGUUCUCCCAGGCGCUGCAGGAACUGACGGAACUCAAGUUAUUGAGCCUUGCUGAAUGCAAGUUAAAAACUCUGCCCAAAGACGCAUUUUCCGGCCUAGAUCUAACCACGUUGUUGUUGAAUGGGAACCAGUUCACUCAAGUACCAGAUCUUCAACUUCUCGGUAACACACUUAGAGUACUUAACAUGAAUCAGAAUCCGAUCGAAGAGCUGGACGACACUUCAUUCGCUGGGCUGCACAGGCUCAAUGAAAUUAUGAUCUCAGGGAUGCCAAAGCUAACGAAGAUCGGAUCUGGAACUUUCUCGAUUUUGGAGAAUAUCAAAAUAAUCAGCUGUACGUACAAUCCUCAACUUGUUGCAAUAGAAGAGAAAGCGUUUUGGAAACUUGAUUUGAAACGGACAAUGCUUCAAGAGGUGUAUUUGAACAACAACAAUCUUCCAAGAGUGAGAAAGAACCUUCUUCCAUGGCUCCGAAUGUCGAAGGUGACCUUGGAUGGGAAUCCGUGGGUUUGCGAUUGUCGUCUGCACUGGCUGGCAAUUCUUCUGCGUAGUAGAAACAACACUGUGGAUCGGCUCACAGAGAUCAAAUGUAAAGAACCAGUCUGGCUUAACGGGAAGCAAAUAGUGUUUUGGGACAUCGAUUUGACCGGCCGACACGAAAACUUCCCCUGCCUCGCUGAGAGAGAAGAAGAAAAACUGCUCCAACAAAAGCUGCUACUAGAACAGCGAAAAUUCGAACUAGAAAGAAUUAAAAAUGCUACGCCUCCAAAAGAGGAAGAGAGUUCUGUUAAGUUUUACUAUAUCUUUGCCAUUGCUGGCGUUAUUAUCUCAGUUUUAAUUAUUGGUGCGAUCAUUGCAUUCAACAAAUAUAGAAACUACCGGCCAAUUUACAAUGUUGAAAAAGUGUCCGCGAUGAAUAACGAAAUGAAGUACAUGAAGGGUUCGAUCACUGAGAAGGCUCAGCUAGUCCCUUAGCGAGUAAAUUAACUAUGCGUAAAUGUUACUUAAAUUCAUGAAUUUAAUUUUAUGACAGAAUUUUUCACCUGAAAGAGAUAAGUUACAUUUUCAUUUACAAAUCUUAUUUUUGGACUGAUUUUUGUGAAAUAACAACUUCAGUAGAAUUGUGUUAAUUAAAAACACAUGAGGCUGGAAGACUUAAUUAUGUUACUGUGCCUUAAUUUUUAAGUAGUAAAACGGAUGUAGUUUGCCAUAAAGGAAAAAAUACUGAACAAUAAAUCAUAAGUCACUCUAGUCGUAAGCGUUAGGUUAGUCAUUCAAAACAUGAAUGCUUGUAGCAUCACUGUACGAUAAACAUACCAAGUGUGUUCAUUUAAAAAAUAAUGUUCAUUAGAUUUUGUAUAAGGUUAAUUUUGUUCUAUACAAUGUAGCCUACUUUAAGAAUCGGUAGGUCCGCCGGCCAUCUUGGAUUUUCUGCCCAUAAUGGCAAUGUUAAUGGUUGAAGCAUAUUACCGCAUUGUUUAUUAAGAUAAAAAGUACCUCAUACCUUAUACCUCCUUCUUCGUCUUUUACCCACAAUGUGGGAAUGACAGUGUCACUUAACAUGGUUACUAAUCAAGUUGCAAAAUAUCUCACUUUAAAGCUAUUCAAACAGCGGAUGUGAUUUGCUAUCUACUAAAAAGCAGAUGUGAAUUGCUAUCUACUUUUUAAUUUUAAUUGUAAUAAUUUUGUCAAAAUACAUCAUUAUUUUGUGUGAACAAAAUACAUCAACAAAAACAUAUGUUCACUUUGAAGCCUAUUAAUCAUGCACCGUAAGCUUGAUUACGGAGCAGAAAAUUUUCUGUGGUUCUUAAAUAUAUUUUCUAUGUGAAUUGAUUUUCGGAUUUUUAAAACUUUUGUUUUAGAGGUUGAAAAAAAACCAUAGUUUGAGUCAAUAUAUUUAUGCAGUUUGACAAAAUAAUAACAAUUAAAAUUAAAAAGUAGACAGCAAAUCACAUCUGCGGUUUCAAUAGCUUAAAAAUUAGAUAUUUUGCAACUUUUUAUCUUCUUAAUAAACAACGCCAUGCUUCAACCAUUAACAUUGCCAUUAUGGGAAGAAAAUCCAAAAUGACCGGGGGGCCUACCGACUCCUAAUGUUUAGUAAUAAUUUAUCCUUAGUGUUUUAAAAUUAAAUGAUGGUAAUAUUUUCCCCUGAUAAACUCUAAAAACCCAAAGCAAAAAUACUAGGUUCGUUUCAUUGUAUGUGGAUCAGGAUAGGAUAAUAACAUUAAAUAAGUGUUUAAGUUGAAAUAACAUUGUAUUAGCAAGCUUAAGUUUUCAUAACUUUGCAGUAAUAUUUUCAUCGCUUUGGUUAUAUAAGUCUGUUGUAAAUAAAACGUUUUAUAUGAAAAAAAUAAAAACUGACAAGUAUGUUUAA